AUGGGCGGGUGUCCGACCAUGAUCCAGCGCCGCAACAAGGUGGCGCUGCCCCCAGGCUACAGCCAAUUGCACUGGAUGCGGCUGUGCCAAUCGGGACAAGACCUGUCGGGGCUUCGCGGCGGCCCGCCGCGCCGCGCCAUCACCAUGGAGGAGGUGAGUCGCCACAACACCGAGGAGGACUGCUGGAGCGUGCUGGACGGCAAGGUGUACAACAUGACGCCGUACCUCAAGUUCCACCCGGGCGGCGUGGCCGACCUCCUGCUCUCGGCGGGCGGGGACUGCACCGACCUGUUCAACGAGAAGCACCCGUGGGUGAACGGCCACAGCAUGCUGGAGAAGUGCUACAUCGGCCAGCUGGACCCGGACUCGGUGGCCUCCUCGGCCUCCUCGGCCGAGUCCAAGGUCGCGCUGGACAAGACCCAGUGGCGGCCCUUCACGGUCGCGUUCAAGCAGACGGUGAGCCACCAGACCGUCAAGUUCACGUUCGAGCUGCCGGGCAACAAGCUGCUGGGCCUGGACACGCCCGGCCAGCACCUCAAGGUGCGGGCCAAGAUCAAUGGCCAGAUGAUCGAGAGGGCCUUCACCCCCACGUCCAAGUUCUCGCAGCCGGCGUCCUUCGACCUGAUCGUCAAGGUGUACCCGGAUGGCCUCAUGAGCAGCUAUUUGGACAAACUGGCGGUCGGAGACAGUGUGGAGAUGCUGGGCCCGCAGGGAGUGCUGGGAUACCCGGAAGCAGGCGUGGUCACGGUCGGCUGCCAGCCUAAGCUCACCAAUGUUCGCCACGUUGUGAUGAUCGCUGCGGGCACGGGCAUCGCUCCGAUGCUGCAGCUGAUCCGGGCCAUCAUGGAGAACAGCAAGGACGCGGCCAAGAUUACGCUCGUGGACUGCAACCACUCGCUGGCGCACAUCAUCGCGCUGACGCAGCUGGAGCCGCUGGCCAACAUGUUCAUUGAUCGCGUCAAGGUUAAUCACAUUCUUCGCGAAGCUAGCGACAAAGACUCCCAGGAGCUGGGGUCGUUCCGAACUGGCAAACGUCUGGAUAAGGACACUCUCGCUGAGCUACUGCCGAGGGCGUCGCCCGAUGUUGCAGCCUUCCACUGUGGACCGCCAGAGUUCGACGAAGCUGUGAACAAAAUGCUGAAAGAGAUUGGAUUCAAGGACAACCAGAUAUUCAUGUUUUAG